AUGCCGAAAGAACGUCGUCGAUCUUCUGCUGCCAACGCAGACGCACGUCCCUCCUUUGCACGGCCACCUGGAGCCCACGCGCUUCCUCCAUCAUCGUAUCCAUCACAACAGACAUCGCCUACUCGGCAGCGCUCACGAUCCAGAGGAAUCGAAUAUUCGGAUUGGACAUCAGAAGAUGACAACUGGUCUGAGUUGGAGCGGCGGAGAAGGGGCGAGCCAUUACAAGUCAAACAAGGAUCGUCUAGGGAGAAGCGGCAGCGAACCAAGGAAGCACCAGGUGCGUCGCCCUUGAAGAAGAACACUCGGCACUGUGGUGAGAACGAAAGGCACGCAGAGGUUACGCGCGACCAUCGACGGAAGGAUCGUCACAAACGCAAAGCAUCAGAGCCUCCAGUAUCGUAUGAUAAGGGAGAUAAAGAACAUGAUCGUGCGAAGUACACGUCCGGAUCGUCCGCCAAUAGCGGCACGCAACUACUAAGUUCAAAUGCUCUUUCCAAACUUAAUGAGCAAAAUGAUAUAUCAGAAUUUGAAGCGAAGCGUAAAGCGAGGAAGAAAAGAGAAAAAGAGUAUGAGGAGCUAAAGAAGCAGAGUAAAAAGACAGAAGAACGAGGAAGACGAAAGAAGAACAGGGACGUCAGUGGUGCUAUUCUUGAGGAAGGAAGGAGCGGUAAGAGGAAGAGGCGAAAGGAGCCAGCCGAUCAUUACGACGACUACGAAGAAAAACGAGAACUACGAAAAGAAAGCAAGAAACCUGUGACCAAGAAGAAGAGAUGGCUGAUCGUUGGUGCGAUCGCCAUCGUUCUGUUGAUAAUCAUUGUUGUUGCGGCUGUCAUCGCCAGCAAGAAAAAAGCAGGAGGAGCUAGUGGAGGUGACUCGAGCAACACUGCAUCUUCGACGAGUGCCACACCUAAGAAUGACUGCGACACAAGCGACAUACCCGAAUCAGUAAAGGGGACUUAUUACGACGUGUCUACUUGGUUGGAUACGUCCGACUUCAACUGUACAUACACAGCAGAAACUGUUGGUGGUCUGCCACUCAUUGGGUUGAAGUCCAAGUGGGAUGAUUCUGCUCAGGCAAAUGCAAACACGCCCGCCCUCAACAAGCAAUGGCAGUAUGGCAAGAUGCCAGUUAGAGGAACCAACGUUGGUGGAUGGCUCAACCUCGAACCCUUUAUCACACCCUCAAUGUUCGACUAUGCUGCCUCAGACAAUGUUGUCGAUGAAUGGACUCUGUGUCAAAAACUUGACUUUCAGGGCAUUAGAGACGCGGGGCUGGACCACGUGCGCAUUCCUUUUGGUUACUGGGCUGUCAAGGCCUAUGAUGGAGAUCCUUUCGUCCCUCAGAUAUCCUGGAGAUAUCUUCUUCGAGCCAUCGAAUGGUGUCGCGAAUAUGGAUUGCGAGUGAAUCUCGAUCUUCACGCUGUGCCAGGAUCCCAGAACGGUUGGGCUCACAGCGGACAUCAAGGAACAAUCAAUUGGCUCAAUGGCGCAGACGGGGAUCUAAACGGUCAACGAAGUCUCGAAAUUCAUGACUCAAUGUCCAAGUUCUUCGCUCAGGACCGUUACAAGAACGUCGUUACCUUGUACGGCCUCGUCAACGAGCCGAAGAUGAUAAACAUGGACGACCCGUCAAAAGUAAUCGCAUGGAAUCAGCAAGCCAUUGACCUGGUCCGCAAGAAUGGCAUAGAACAACAAUUGAUCUUCGGUGAUGGCUUCCUUGCACUCACGGAAUGGGAAAAUACAAUGAAAGGGGUGGACGGUAAACUGAUGAUCGACACACAUCAAUACCAGAUCUUCGACGUCGGCCAGCUAAAGUUGAAACAUGCGGACAAAAUCAACCUCGUCUGUUCCGGCUGGAAAGGGAUUAUAGUCGUCUCGAAUAACCCAACUACUGGCUGGGGUCCUACGAUCAAUGGAGAGUGGUCCCAAGCUGACACGGACUGCACCCCCAACCUAAAUAACGUCGGCGCCGGAUCACGAUGGGCUGGAAACCUGAAUACAAAUACUGGUGCAGGCGCCGUGAACGUAAAUACACCCUCCUGCGCUUCUCCGCCUUGUCAAUGUGGCCCAGCAAAUGCCGAUCCGGGACAAUACACAGACCAGUACAAGAAGUUCCUCAAAAUGUAUGCAGAAGCUCAGAUAUUCGCUUUCGAGCAGGGACAAGGAUGGUUCUAUUGGACCUGGAAGACGGAGAGUGCAACGCAAUGGAGUUGGAAACUUGGGUUGGCCGCUGGCAUUCUCCCACAGAAAGCUUACGAUCCUGAAUUCAAGUGCGAUAGUGCUGUGCCAAAUUUCGACGGAUUAUCAGAGAGUUAUUGA